AGCUGCUUCCGUGCGGCUGGGCAGCUUCUACCAUCACCCAAGGGCCACUCACACCAACAGAUGGCGGCGACAGAAGCUUCGGCCUUUGCAGGCCAGGUACAGCCCCGGGACAUCUUCGUGUCUGCAGCGGCCAAUCGCUACUCUCACGCAGCAGAUUGGGGGAGCAUACAGCCAGACGGAGAUGGUGGAAGGAUCAGCGUCCUGGCGUACGGAUCGCACAGGAGCGUUGCCUUCGCAUACAACCUAGGCGAGUCGGACUCUUCAUAUCGCGGCCUCUCGCAGCUUCUGCCCACUCCUUUCUCGAGCCCGAUCACCACGCUCAAAUUCAUUGCAACAUCACUUCCUCACGCUAUUGCAUUUGUCGCUGGAGCUGGCAAUGGACAAGCAGCUAUCUGGGUUGGAGAAGUGGACGGCAACUCGCAAGCCAAGUCGGACGGGCUUUGGAAGCCGAUCCAAUGGCGCCUGGCUGUACCUUUGGCUGGCAUGAAUCCACAGUCGCAGAGCUCUUCCGCUGAGAGGCAGAGUGGAACGGUACAAGCAAUCGGCGUCCUGAGAUCGCAGGGACAGCCUGCGGGAAUUGAGACUACCCUGGUUGCGAUCGGAACGUCCGACGGUACCAUUUCCAUCUGGUCCGUGGAUCUCACACAUCGGACCGGGGACGAGUCCUCCCCUCCUGCACUGCUGCAAACCAUAGAUGCCAGUCGCAAGGGUCUAGAUACCGCCCUUCCCCUUGACAUCGCCAUCACUGCUCUACCAAUUGCCCACGGAGAGAUUGGUGCAUUCACUGCUACAUCGCCCCUUCUCAUGGCCACAGCCUCGACAGAUCGCAAGAUUGUCUUCUGGCUGAGCGAUGGCAACGAGGGCGUGAGCUUCCGCAAGGUCCUCACAUUGAGCGGCCAUGACGACUGGGUGAGGUCAUUGGACUUCUCUGCAUCCUUUCCGGUAGCAAAUGACAGACAAGUAGAGCUAGCGAGCGGCAGUCAAGACGGCUCUGUGCGUCUGUGGAGGAUAAGGCCACACGCCGAAGCAGCUGCCACUGGGUCGGAUGCGUUCGAUGUUCUCGCAAAGCAACUGGAAGACGAGGCUAGCCAGCAGAAUGACGCAACAGGCAGCUCACUAUCGAAUAAGGUUCACGCCUUUGGAACCUCAAUGGGUACGUGGGCAGUCAGCUUCGACGCCCUUCUGACCGGCCACGAAUCAUGGGUCACCGGAGUUCGAUGGCAACCUCCGAUUCUGUCUCUCGAUGACAAGACCGAUCAACCAGCCGCUUUGCUCUCCUCGAGUGUAGACAACAGUAUCAUUCUCUGGACGCCCUCAGUCUCGAGUACGACCAGUACCAAGAGUCGACUGAUCUACCCCUCGCUAUCCAGUAAGGAUGCCACCUCAUCGCUUUGGCUGCCUUCACAGCGCUUUGGAGAAUUGGGAGUCGCAGGAGCUGGCGCUUUAGGUAUGUUCGGGGCACUCUGGACGCCCAAUUGGCAUUCAUCUGGCUCGAAACAGCUCAUCCUGUCGCAUGCUUGGGCCGGCGCCAUCCACCUCUGGGGCUUUGACGAGAAGAACAACAAGUGGGAGAGCGCUCCAGCUGUCACAGGCCAUAGUCUGCCCGUCAAGAGUGCCCGCUGGGCACCUGAAGGCGAUUGGUUCUUGACUGCCAGUCUGGAUCGGACCGCAAGACUAUUCGGCACAUACAAUCGCAAGACCAAUACCGCCGCAACGCAGAUAACAACGACCUCGUGGCACGAGCUUGCCCGUCCUCAGACUCAUGGGUACGACAUCUGUUCUGCUGCGUGGCUCGACGAUCUCUCCUUCGCAAGUGCAGGCGACGAGAAGGUGGCUAGAAUCUUUGCUGCCCCGCAAGGCUUCGUGCAGAGUGCUCAGAGGCUGGGAUCCAAACGAAGUGCUGCCGCUCAAAAGCCUACCGCAAAGCAAAAUGUCCUUGUGAUGGCCUUGCCAAGCAUCGGACAUAUACGGAAUCCGCAUCAGCUGCGCAACCCUAUCGAGGCUGCUACGAAGGAGAGCUGUUCAUCUGCUCACAAACGCCUCGUGAUCCUCCUUUUCUCUCCUGCAUUCGACGCUCUAUCCUCGGCAAGCGCCGAGGGACCUGAAGAGACCUCGUACGAUGACGUCGAGUCUUUACUACGAGGCACCUACGCCACAGCAUGGGCUGCCGCCAACAAAGAGGAUGCUUUGUUGCUGGACAUCGACGUCCUCCUAGUAGGACAAAAAGGAUUCGAGACCUCAUUGCGAGCUCUUGCCGGUGACGAGAGCGGCGUCGAGCACUUAUGGGCAAUGGAAGCGCACUCGGACUCGCUACCCAAUUCCUUGCCAAGCAAGCCUGUUUUGUUGAAGGCGAGCGCUACUGCUGAGUCUGUCAACAGGGACGAGAAAGGUCCUAUACCCUCAUCCUUCCCGCACCAUCGGAGCAUAGCACUCGGUGGUACUUUUGAUCAUCUCCAUGUGGGACACAAGAUCCUCCUCAGUAUGGCUGCUCUGAUUGCCACAGACCGUAUUGUCGUCGGCGUGACAGGAGACUCAAUGCUGGCAAAGAAGAGCAACGCCUAUCUCCUCGAACCUCUGGAGGAGCGCAUCGCCGCUGUCGAGAGAUUCUUGACAACUUUCAGGAGUACGAUGACGCCUUUGCAGCAGGACGUCGUCGAGUUGGCCGACGUCUGCGGGCCAGCAGGAUCUGAUGGCUCUCUAGAAGCACUUUUAGUGACUGAAGAAACGCUCUCAGGAGCCGAUACCAUCGCCAAGACAAGAGAAGAACGAGGCCUGGGACCGCUUGAGCGUUAUGUCAUUGGCGUUGUAGGAGCGGGCGGCGAGGUUGAUGUCAAGGGGGAUGCAGCAGAGCUUGCAGCGGCAAAGGUCGGCAGUACUGCCAUUCGCAAAUGGCUCUCUGAGCAGUCUCCGAAGGUACAGGCAGUGGCGCGAAGGAAGCGGCGGAGAGAUCUCAAGAGACAGGGAGACCAAGCGGACGGAGCGUCUUCUCAAGCUACGAAUCGACCGAUGGCUGCGAGUGCUCCUGCUCUAGGCCUUUCCAACAGGGCGAUAUUCGAGGGCCAAGCACCACAGACGGAGACAAAUGAGCUGGGCAGGCAAGUCGCUGCGCAGACGGAUGAGCCCAUUUCGAGUGUCUUUACGCGUCCACCGGUGGAAGAAGAGCUGCUAGUGUCCACUCUGUGGCCAGAGCUCGACAAGCUGUACGGACACGGCUACGAGCUCCUCGCCGUGGAUUCCAGUCCUGACAAUGGUCGCCUUACUGCUACCAGCUGCAAGUCUACCACGGCUGAGCAUUCAUUGGUUCGAGUGUACGACCGCGAGGACAAUUGGAAGGAGAUUGCCGUCCUUCCAGGCCACUCUCUAACCAUCACCCGUAUACGCUUCAGUCCCAAUGGCAAGUGGCUCUUGACAGUCUCGCGAGAUCGCUCAUGGAGACUCUUCUCCCGGGAAGAUCGCCAGGGGCAAGUGAGCCUCUCGCCUCGCACGCACAAAGAAUCGGCGCACGCGAGGAUUAUCUGGGAUGCGGCGUGGGCGGACGAUUCGCGUACCUUUGCCACGGCAGCGAGGGACAAGGCGGUCAAGGUGUGGCGACUUAAAGCAACCAUAGCUGCACCGCAGGAAGGAGAAGACGCAUUUGAGCUGGUGGCUACCGUCACCAAAUUGCCAGAGGCAGCGACGGCCGUCGCGUUCGAUGUGGGGAAUCGGCUGGCCGUCGGGCUUGAGAAUGGCGACGUGCUCAUUUAUCAGCUCGAAGGCAGUGAGCUGCGAAAGAUCGUCUCGCUGCCGCGCCACCAUGGCGCUGCUGUCAAUGAGCUCGCUUGGCGGUCCCAACUCGACGAAGCGCAGGACGGUCAAGAGGAGCAAUCCCUACUGCUGUCGGCAGGCGAGGACGGCGCUGUACGAUUGACCUCUAUGUAGCGCUGAACACUCAAAGAAGUCGUCAAUAGAUGUUUAGAGCUGCUAUUGCUAAGUCUGCCAGUGUGUAUAUGGUAGGGGAGAAUGCCUCACAGGCCCCAGAUCCUAAUUGUGCCCUCAUGUCCCGCCUUCUCCUCCCCAGCGUAAGCCAACAAGUUCUUUGCCGGGUUCCACGCCAGGGUAUUCGUCGUCCCCGUCACGGGUAACUUGUGGAGCGUGGCCCCAUUGACCGUUGAUCCAAUCCAGAUGAAGGGAUCUUCCCCACCCGCUGCAAGGAAUUCACCAUCGUGGGAGAAGGACAGGGCGCGGGGAGGAUAGUUGAGGUUUUGACCUGCCAUCCACACCGAUUCGAAUU